GUAUUUAUAUGGAUACAAUUCGGGUAUAAUCGGGUACCUAUAACAAAAUUGAUCAUACUACGGAGUACUUCUCAUUUUCCGUCUGACCACACACUCUGAGAGUAAUUUUUGAUCAUCCGACUCACCGACUGGUCAUGGCUAAUUCUGCCGUCUUUCAGGUUCGAGUUGCUCUUUCUCUCAAUGGAGAUUCGUCCAUACGUAGAACCGAGUUUAAGGUUAACACCAUAGGUUUCAGUAAUAAAUCAAUGUCCUGUUUCCAACAUUUUGACUUGAAAACAUCAAAUGGAAAAUCCAGGAGACACUUUGUUGUUUGCAUGUCUGUGCAACAAGCUACCCAAUACAAAGUACCUGUUGCACCUUUGUCCCUAGAAGAUGCCAAAGAACCUCCAUUGAAUCUGUACAAACCGAAGGAGCCAUACACAGCAACAAUUGUUUCUGUUGAGAGGCUUGUAGGGCCAAAAGCUCCCGGGGAGACUUGCCAUGUUGUUAUUGAUCAUGGUGGCGAUCUUCCUUACUGGGAAGGACAAAGCUAUGGUGUUAUUCCUCGUGGCGAGAACCCAAAGAAACCAGGUGCUUCUCACAAUGUUCGUCUAUAUUCAAUUGCAUCUACCAGAUAUGGAGACUCCUUUGAUGGGAAAACAGCUACUUUGUGUGUCAGACGUGCUCUCUAUUAUGAUCCCGAGACAGGAAAAGAAGAUCCUUUGAAAAAGGGAGUUUGCAGCAAUUAUCUGUGUGAUUCAAAGCCUGGAGACAAAGUGCAAAUCACCGGUCCUUCUGGCAAAAUAAUGCUACUUCCUGAAGACAACCCAAGUGCUACACACAUCAUGAUUGCAACUGGUACUGGUGUGGCUCCCUUUAGAGGGUACCUCCGCCGUAUGUUUAUGGAAUCCAUCCCGACUUUCAAGUUCAAUGGCCUUGCUUGGCUCUUCCUUGGGGUGGCCAACAAUGAUAGUCUUUUGUAUGAUAAAGAGUUCACGAAAUAUCUCCAGGAUUAUCCAGACAAUUUCAGGUACGACCGUGCUCUUAGUCGAGAGCAGAAUAACAAGAGAGGGGGGAAGAUGUACGUUCAGGACAAAAUUGAAGAGUACAGUGAUGAGAUCUUCGAACUGCUGGAUGAAGGGGCACACAUAUAUUUCUGUGGGCUGAAGGGAAUGAUGCCUGGAAUUCAGGACACAUUGAAGCGUGUGGCAGAGGAUAGAGGGGAGACCUGGGAAUCGAAGCUUUCACAGCUCAAAAGGAACAAGCAGUGGCAUGUUGAGGUCUACUGAUGAUUAUUUGAACUAUAUAACACAUUCA